AGACCGAAACAUUGCAAAUUAUCGAUUGUUUUCGUCGUCGUCGUCGUCAUCGUCGAAUGAGAAGAAAAUUUUAUGAUUCAAACACCUGAAAGAGAUAAUUAGAUAGGAUUUUUUUGUUGUUGUUGUUGUUGUUGUUGAUAAUCACUGCCUUGUAGUGCACAUAUCACCGUCAUCAUCAUCGAAUCGAAUUUUUUUCAAUAACGAAGAAAAAAAAGAAGAAGAAGAAGAAGAAGUGAACAGAUAAAAAAAAUGACAAGAAUUUCUGGUCAUAAAUCAUUGGUAUAUAAAGAAUGUCAGCCACAAUUUUCAAUAUUUGAUUGGGAAUUGAAUUCCAGUCUAAAAUGGAUGGAAGAAAAUUGGCAUUAUUCUGUUUAUGUAUCGAUCGCUUAUAUGUUGGUUGUUUAUUCUAUACAACAAUUUAUGCGUCAACGUGAACCAUUCAAAUUACGUAAUUGUUUGGCAUUUUGGAAUCUAUUGUUAACAAUAUUCAGUAUGGCCGGUAGUUAUUAUAUGUUACCAGAAAUGUAUGAUACAUUCUACAUGAAAGGUAUUAAUCAUUCUGUUUGUAUAUCAUCAACAAAUUCUAUUGCCCAAUAUUGGAUGUGGCUAUUUGCAUUAUCGAAAAUAUUUGAACUUGGUGAUACUGUUUUUAUUGUGUUACGUAAACAAAAAUUAAUUCUUUUACAUUGGUUUCAUCAUGUAUUGGCAUUGAUUUUUACAUGGUAUAGUUUUGGCCAAAAUAUAUCAUUAGGACGUUGGUUUGUCACCAUGAAUAUGGUUGUACAUUCAUUAAUGUAUGCAUAUUAUGCAUUUCGUUCGAUGCAAAUUUAUAUACCAAGACAGAUAGCAAUGACCGUAACAUCAUUACAGAUUAUACAGAUGAUAUUCGGUUUCUAUGUUAGUGGUUAUGCAUUUUUUUCAAAAUUAUCUGGAAAUUAUUGUGAAAUACCGGCAAAAACGGCUACAUUUGGUUUCAUCGUUUAUUCAACAUUUUUCUUUAUGUUUGCCAAACUUUUUAUUAAUAAUUAUUUGAAUAAAAUUUCAACAAAUCAUCCGCGUUGUUAUAUAUCAAAAUAG